AUGUCCGGUUUGCGGGGACGAGCUGGGAGAAGUAGAAUUCAAGGCGGUCGAGGACGAGGAGGGUCUUCGUCGAGAAAUACGGCCGAUUUCGCGAGGCCUGUUUCGCAAAGAACAACUUUUGCUAAUGCAGAGUUCUCGCAAGUCAAGUUUCAAUCAAAAUCGAAGAAGUCUGUUGAAGAGAGCACAAGAAACUUUGCGUUCGAGAAGGAAGACAAGCCGCCAGAUCUUGAGCCCUUCAAGAAGCACAUGAUAUCUCCCGGUUCUUUUGUCGAGUAUCACGUGGCUGUCUUCGAAAAUGAGGAAGAGCUGUCGAAGAAGCUCAUCAAGUAUCUUCCUGUAAUGGAUGAUGAUACUACUCCAGACACCCUCCGACGUCUUCUAAGAUGCGAGUACCUUCCGGAAAAGAGACCUUGGCCGAAUCAUAUGGAAGAAAUCCGCUCAAUAACAACCCAAAACCUUCAAUCAAGAUUUGAAGAAUCCUCCUUUGACCGUGCAAAAUGCAAUCUGAUACGCUACGAGAAAGACAUUUUUACGUUUACCGGAAACGACCCUGAGUUUUAUUGCAUCUUUGGCGAUAGUCGGACAAUCUUGUUUCAAUCAAGAAAAAGCCGGAAAACGCGAUUCCGAAUCGUCACCUUCUCUGGCUCAUUAUUGAUCCUCUCUGGGAAUAUCUUCAAAGACUGGGACAUCACAAUCCCCAUCGAGUACCAUGAUCGGGACUCGACCGUUUUGAUAAACUUUUAG